CCACAACUAGACACACGCAAUGGUCAAUUUUGCGGAGCUGCCCAGCGAGCUUCUCGACUUGAUCGUCUACGGAGAGCUGGGCGAGUACUUGGAAAUACACACCUUGACGCGAGUGCCUCCCAUACAUUAUGCGCGGAAGCUUGACGACGAGCUGCGAUGGGUCGCUAAUCUCACGCAGGUCAACCGAAGACUAAGGCGACAUUUCAUGCCCCGGCUGUGGGCCAAGAUCGAUUUGUGCCACGUCAAGGAUAUAUACCUUGUUGAUAAGUUCCUCGCCACCCAUGACGAUGUGUACGGACCCUUGAUCGAGCACAUUUUCUUUUCGUGGAUGGACAGUUGUCGUGAAGAUGAUCUGGGCGGUGAGGAAUACUUGCGGCAGCACAACGAAGCCCACGGAAAAUUCGGUAGAAUGCAGGAUUGGCUCUUCCAGGACAGAUGGGAGUUGAUCAAGAGAGUCGAAUUACCGGAGUAUCGACAGGAUUAUCCGGAUAGGACUGAUGAGGACCUUCUUGAGAUGAUGUACCCUUCGUGGGAUGGCCUCAGUCGGAUCACGGAAGGCCCUGACGGAUGGGGCGAUGUGCCAGGCUUUUCGAGUCCAAAUGACGUGGCAGACGCACUAGUGCGAUUAUCCUCACGCGCAAGCAACGUCAAGAUUCUCGACUACAACGAAAUGUUCAUCCCUGUCCCGCCCUUGCUCCUGUCGAAUCUUUCCAAGGUUGAACGGGUCACGUUGUAUUCUGACGACGAUCACCAAGAUGCGCGAGACAGCGCGCUGCACGAGCUCCCAGACAGCGUCCGACAUCUGAACAUCUUCUACGUCUUUGAUGCGAAGACAUCAAUCUUUGAAAGUAAGAAGCGGCCAAACAAGAGGCGGCAGCCAGUGCCAUUUCUGUCUUUGCGUCGAAACGGACUGGGAGUGACGUACAUCGGCACCGACGAGAAGGCAAACGAGUCGGAGCGGAGAUUGAGGCUAACAUGCCUUGCAAUCAUUAAAGGUCUGACGGAAGGCUCACUACGGUCAGUCACGGUGCUGGACGCGGAACUGCUCCGAGUUGCAGAGAUGUUGCCUUGCUGGAUUGCACUGGAUCUGCCAAGCGAAAAUAAGGAUGUCGACGUGUCUCAUUGGCAUUGGAGCAGAGAGGUCAGGUCGAUCUUGGCGCACUGUGCUUCGUACGACAAGGAGAAGCCACAUGCUGUCUUCAACACUGACGCCGUCGCAGAUCUCAAAAGCAUACUACAAGGAUGCUGCUCGGGAAACGAGGUGCACGAAAGGUCUCAGGAGCUGCGCAAGGCAGCAGAUGACGAGGCUGCAAGUGGUGAGAUCUUCACCGCAGAGAUACUUGCAAGCUGGUUAGCCGAUGACGAGGAUCUCUGUCACGCCGUAUUUCAAGGGUUGCGGUGGACACGCUCGUAAAGAGCAGAAGCUUGCACGAGAGGGAGAAGCAAAAGCACCCCUUCAUCUUCAGAGCAU